ACCGUCUGCUGUCAAACGCGCUGCAGUCUUCACAGCAGUUUGAAGAUUGGUUAACAAAUGCAUCGUUUAAUCCUUCCAACCGUCACCGUUCUGUCAACCUUUCUGCUCAGACCAACAGGUGAAGCGUAUCUGUAGGGGAUUUUAAGGUGUGUGACUUCUCCCCCUGCCCCCUGUGACCUCUGAACCCCGGUCAACCUUCUCCCCCUCCCCUUCGCUGAGUUUGUGAUCCAUGGCGCUGGAGAAGCUUCUGCGUUUCGGGAAGCAGUUACUGAGGGUGAAAGUGGUGGACUGUAGCACAGAGGACUCCCAUCUUUCUCGAUGCCUCAACACUUUUGACCUGGUGGCCCUGGGCGUGGGCAGCACGCUAGGCGCUGGCGUCUACGUGCUAGCCGGCGCUGUUGCACGAGAGAAUUCUGGUCCUGCUAUUGUGCUGUCUUUCCUGAUAGCAGCCUUAGCCUCCGUGUUGGCCGGCCUGUGCUAUGCUGAGUUUGGAGCCCGUGUUCCCAAAACAGGCUCAGCUUAUCUUUACUCCUAUGUGACUGUAGGGGAACUCUGGGCCUUCAUCACUGGAUGGAACCUCAUUCUCUCAUAUAUCAUUGGUACCUCCAGUGUGGCCCGAGCAUGGAGCGCUACCUUCGACGAGUUGGUUGGGAAGCGCAUAGAGCAUUUCUACAGAGAGAACAUGUCCAUGAAUGCACCGGGUAUAUUGGCACAGUACCCGGACAUGUUUGCUGUUCUCAUCAUAGUCACCCUCACAGGUCUGCUGGCAUUUGGGGUCAAAGAGUCAGCAAUUGUGAACAAGGUUUUUACGUGUAUCAACGUCCUAGUCUUGAUGUUCAUGGUGGUCUCUGGCCUGGUCAAAGGUACUUUGAAGAACUGGCAGCUGGACCCUGAAGAGAUCCUACAUGCCAAUUAUACCAGUAACUCCAGCCUCAAUCUGACAGAUAUCCUUCCAACCAAAGAGAGUUUAGGAAAGGGCGGCUUCAUGCCGUUUGGUUUCACAGGCGUCCUGUCCGGAGCAGCUACCUGCUUCUACGCCUUUGUCGGAUUCGACUGCAUCGCAACCACAGGUGAAGAGGUGAAGAACCCCCAGAGAGCCAUCCCCAUCGGCAUCGUGUCCUCGCUGCUCAUCUGCUUUGUGGCGUACUUUGGUGUUUCUGCUGCCCUCACUCUCAUGAUGCCCUACUACCUGCUGGACAACAACAGCCCUCUGCCUGUAGCUUUUAAAUAUGUGGGCUGGGGAGGAGCCAAAUAUGCUGUAGCUGUAGGCUCUCUUUGUGCUCUGUCUACAAGCCUGCUGGGUGCUAUGCUCCCUAUGCCCCGGGUGAUCUGGGCUAUGGCCAACGAUGGGCUGCUUUUCAAGUUCUUGGUCGAGAUCACCCCCCGCACCAAAACCCCGCUAACUGCAACCCUCACCUCUGGCGUAGGGACAGCUAUCAUGGCCUUUCUGUUCGACCUGAAGGACCUGGUGGACCUGAUGUCAAUAGGGACGCUGCUGGCCUACACAUUAGUGGCUGCCUGUGUCUUGGUACUCAGGUACCAGCCCGAACAGUCCAGUAUGGUGUAUGAGAUGGCCAUUUCCCAAGAUGAAGGAGAACUGAGCGACGGCAUCAGUGUCCCCAGUAUAAACAUCCUGCCUGGUAUGGAGGAGAGAUUGAGCUUCAAGACCCUCCUGUUCCCAGACAACACUGAGCCUUCCACACUGUCAGGCUUCGCUGUUAACAUCUGUGCCUCUCUCAUGGGAACGUUGAUCCUGGCGUUCUGCAUACUGGCAGUGCAGGGAGGCAUUGCCGCGUGGAACAUCGUGGCCCUCAGUGUCAUCUUCAUGGUGUGUCUCCUCCUCACCUUUAUCAUCUGGAGACAGCCUGAGAGCAAGACAAAACUUUCCUUCAAGGUUCCACUGCUACCCUUCCUUCCAGUGAUCAGCAUGUUUGUAAAUGUUUACCUGAUGAUGCAGCUGGAUAGAGGCACUUGGAUACGAUUUUCUGUCUGGAUGGCUAUAGGUUUUGUGAUCUACUUCGGCUACGGCAUUCAUCACAGCGUUGAGGCCGCUCUGGCCCGCUCGUCUCCAGACACCGAGAUGAAGGGCUUCAAGCGCGACACCGAUUCAGAGGCAAGGUCACCAGAAAAGGAAGCAUUCCUGCACAAUGGUAUUGAUGCCGGGGAAGACGACGAUGAAGAUUUGUAGCAAGCAUUAGAACAUGCUGUAUACACUUCAACCCUAACGCCAGUCUGUCUGCCUAAGCGUAUGUUUGAUUGGACGACUCCCUGUCCCUCACUGGCAGUACUCCCUUUUGGGGAAAGUAAUGAUAAAUAACUUUGACCUAAAAUGCACAAACCUGUGACUUUCCCCCUUGACUACUGGGUUAAAAAAAAACUGAAAACCGUUAUCUUGGCGCUUCUUGAGCCGUAAUUGACAUGUUCUAUUAUUUCAGUAUUUUGUAAUAAGCUUGUUACCCCUUUCGCAUGGCCUUUGAGGUUCAACUGCUCGUUAUCGCUUGGCUGUCUGAGGGUAGAGGGCUCAUGCUGGAGACACGGAACAUCUCUGUGUUUCAGGGAGGUUGUGUUGAGAUCAGGGUUAUAUUGUUGGCAGGAGGACUAUGCACAUGUGUAACAGCUUUCAUGUGGAUGCCAGAAAGUAUAACAGUAAAACAGUGUUUUGUCUUUCUUUCGGUGAAAACACAAUAACUACUUUACUAUCUACCCGAUUUUGAAAAUCAGAUCACACAGCCAGUAUUAAAUAUAGAUUGGUAGCAAUAGCUACAUUCUUUUAAAUCUGCCAACUUUUAUUUAACUGACUGUUGAAAUGCUGCUCUGUCUGUCCUUCCUGACAAGUGAGAGCUUGCACAAUACACUGCCACACAUUUGUCAAUGAUAUAAUAACCCCUGGUCACUGGGAGAACAGCGUGAUCGGGCCAUUAGCUGCACAAACAAUAUGAGUGGGCGAGCAGAGAGCUGAUUCCAUGAGUCCAAUUUUAGGUCAGAAGGAUUGUAUUGAUGCCAUCUGUGGUUUCCAGGCUUUUACUUGCAAAAGGGAAAGCCUGGCAUCUAGGUCUGGGUGAUAUGACCAAAAUCUUUUGUCCCGAUAUGGGUCAUUUCAUAUCUCGAUAACUACAGAACAUAUCUUACGACACUGCACGUUUUCUGGUAAUUCAAUAAAUAAAUAGUCUAUAUGAAAUAACCACAUGGUAAAGUCUAUUUUUGUAUGAUCCUCUGUAAAUUAAAUCCUUGACAAAUGUAAAGUACUGAGUAUAUUUCACAUUCAAUAAGAGUUUCUGAGAAAUUUGAGUUAGUACAUGCUUGUUGUUCUCAAUUUAGACAGCUUUAUUGUGUAUCGCGAUAUCUUGAUGAAUGAUUUCAUCACGAUAUGAUUCAAAAUGAUCAUAUUGAAUUAUCACCCAGCCCUAUACUGCCAGCCUAUUGUGCUUAUAUAAUAUGGUUUUAAUGCAAGCGUAUAGCUUAGCAAGAAGCAGACUGUAAUUAUAAAGCAGAAACUGCUGUAACAAGACACUAAACAUCAUAUCCAGUUGGACAGUUCCGUACUGUGAGAUUCAGAGGAAGUGAUUAGAUCUAAAUUUUAAUUAAAAAUACGCUCUCUCAUUUGGGAUAUUUAAUACCCUUGUAAAUGAAUGGAAUCUGCUCUGUGAAUCCUGAUACAUGUUGAGCAUCAGGUGAAUACUUUUGCUGAAUGCCAUGUGACAUUAGAUUAUAGUGGAUUUUCACAGUGCUGGCUGCUGUGUCUUUUUGCAUCUGUAGCUUGUUUUCCAUUUUUUCUUUCUCUUUUCAAAAAUAACACAGACCGACUUCUUAAAAUGUUCAAUUUGGAAGAAUGUGUUUAUUCUCAAUUUAUUUUACGCCUUUUCUCAUGUUUAAUAAUGUCUUAUUAUUACCUGCUUCCUAAAACACGGUCAUUUCCACUAUGCUUUUUUUAGAUUAUGAAUCUGAUUCAACUUGAUUCUGAUUAAAAGCCUAAGAACAAUUUCAGGUAGAAUUCGCCACACUUGUACAUUUAUUUACAUUAUUUUGUUUGCCUGUCAUUAAAAUAUCUAAUGAUUUUAGAUAUGUUUUCUCUUUUCAUUAGAGUACUCCGCUGAUUUAGCUUUGCUCUCCUAGCAUUCUUCUUCUUUGUCAAAACCUGGCACAUGCAUUGCCCACAAUGCAACUCAACAUCCAACAGUUCAAGUGGAUAUUCGGAUUUGUUUAGCUAGUAGUGGCUAAUGUAGCCUCGAGCCCCCCCCCCUCCAGAUCUUUCUUUUUCAUAUUCAAACUUGCAGUCUUCAGACAUCACUUGAUCACACUUUGCGCUGUGACACUUACCCACCUUUUUAUGCAGCAGUACUCCCCGAGGCCUUUACACAGAUUGUGAUGUGUGAAAUCGGUGUAGUUCACCUUUUAUCAUUUAAAUGCAGAUCUAUCAACACUUAGAUCAUGUUCCCAUUAGUUUGAACCUUCAAGUGCAUUCACUGUGGUUUUGGCAGUCCUUUACAACACAGUAGCUGUCUAUAAUUAGAAACAUGUUUGAUCAAGAUUGUGUAUAUAAGAUAUUGUUUAUAUUUCUUGCAGUAAAUUAUUUGUAUAUUGGAUUGGAUGGAAAAGGCUUAUAUGAUGUUGCCCUGUCUGUGUCUGACAUUGUGUUCUUUAUAUUAUGUGUACAUGGUGAGUGUAACUGAAACUUUGUAUCCUCAGGGUUGGAAAAAUCUUCACCUUCUUUUGUUCUUGACUUUAAACAUGAAUACCUUAUUAGAAAAUGAGUGCAGUUCUAACACUAAAUAUGAGACAUUGGCACGACUGGCAGAAACAAGUUCUUUAGGGUCACAGUGGGCUGCAUUAGAAGUGCAAUAAUAAUAUAUUACAUUACUUCUUCAUGUGUCACCUUUUCAACCAUGCAUGACGUGAGUUUUCUGAAUUGUUACACAUAUUGGAAUUCAGCAAUUUACUUUUUUGAUAAUUCUUUAAUUACAAACUUGUAGUUUCACAGAAAGUCGAAGCGCAUGCAAACUUCCAUUUCCCAUAAAAAUAAAUCCAUACGCACAGUAUAACAUAACAAAGUUGAUUCACACUUGAAAUAUCCUUCUUGGUUGUGAAUAAGCAAAGGAAUUCAUGUGUAUUUGAAAAUCUGUCUUCUGUCAUAACAAGUAUGCUACUUGUUUUUCCUAUAUGUCCUGCCAAAGCUCAGUGUUUACUUCUAAAAGAAGUACUAUGUCCAUACAAAUAUAUAAAUAGAUAAAAGAAGGAGCUUAUUUCUUUCUCCUUUGAUGCUGCUUUUAACCCCUACUGACUUUAGCUUGCCCUUAACAUAUCAUGUGUCACAUAAAAAGGCUUUUGAUGUUUCAAAUCCGUCACCAGUGUUGAUGACCGCUUGUUUUAUGUUUGUCAUUUUGAUAUGAUUUCAUCACUUUCUCAGACUUUUUCUUUCCCUUUUUAGCUUGUCUUUUUUCUUGGUAAUUGUUGGCUUGCAGUGUGUAAACUGUGUAACUGUGUAAAUGUUGAAAAAGCACAAAUUUUUUUAAUCCAUCUUUUUUAAUGGCUCACAGCCUUCUCCAGCAGAUAGAGAUAGCUUGACGUGUGUCAAUGCCAAUAUUCCAUACUUACUGUAGGUUAGACAACAGAGCUGUCGAAGUGCAUUUCUCUUGUUAACGUAUAUUUUUGGAUAUGUUGCCUAUACUUGUAAUAUGCCAGAAUAAACUGACUUCCAGAUUUUAGAAUGUUAGACAACUGUCCACAUAGCUGUUUUUAACAAAGGAAAAUAAUACAGAUCUUUCUUGUUAUAUUUCACAUUGAAAGUCCGUGUGGGAUUUAAAAUGUAUUUACUUUGGCACCAUCUGUUGGUAGUAUCAGGACUGAAAUGACCCAUGGAUACUUAGAAUGAGAGGCUAAAAGCAACUCAUGGAUUAUGUUUUUUUUUCUACAAAGAAAUAUGCCCAAUCACUCAAAAAUCCCACACAUAGAAACUUUAAUACCAAUGCUGGGUAAAUAAUACACAUUCACAUUCAUAAGUUAGGACAUUGUUUUUGCUUGUCUCCUUGUCCUCUGUUUUUCUUUUUUGUUAAAGUCUUGGUAUGUUUCAUUCACUAAUGUAAAUAAAACAAGCUGUUCAACAUCCAG